GCGGCGGCGCGCAGGGCGAGCCCGCGUCACGUGCGUGAGGCCGGGCUGGGCCCCGUCAGGCGGCGGGGCGGGCGCCGCGGGUAGUUGUCAGUGUGGAGGGAGCCAGAGCUCUGCCCUGUAAAUACCUUUAUUUGUAUAUACUGUAAAUGAUGACCUCGGUGGGCACCAGCCGGGCCCGCGCCAGCUGGGAGCAGCCACAGCCACAGAGCCAGGCUCAGCACAAGCAGAGGCCGCAGGCCACUGCAGAACAGAUCAGACUUGCACAGAUGAUCUCAGACCACAACGAUGCUGACUUUGAGGAGAAGGUGAAACAACUGAUUGACAUCACAGGCAAGAACCAGGACGAGUGUGUGAUUGCUCUGCACGACUGCAAUGGGGAUGUCAACAGAGCCAUCAAUGUGCUGCUGGAGGGCAAUCCAGACACGCACUCCUGGGAGAUGGUGGGGAAGAAGAAAGGAGUCUCUGGGCAGAAGGAGAGCAGCCAGGCGGAGCCCAGCGAGGAGAGCAAAGAGAGCCGGGAGCGGGAGAGGGACUUCAGCCGGCGGCGCGGGGGGCCCCCGAGGCGGGGCCGGGGAGCCAGCCGCGGCCGGGAGUUCCGGGGCCAGGAGAAUGGCCUGGACGGGGCCAAGGGCGGCGCCGGGAGGGGCACAGAGCGAGGCCGCAGAGGCCGCGGCCGAGGCCGAGGUGGCUCUGGAAGGAGAGGAGGUCGCUUUUCUGCCCAGGGCAUGGGGACCUUCAACCCUGCUGACUACGCCGAGCCGGCCGGGGCUGAGGAGAGCUACGGCAACAGCAGCAGCAGCACCUGGAACAACAGCGGCAGCUUCGAGCCCGACGACGGCACCAGCCUUGAUUUCAUUGGGGCUGAGGGGGCAGCUUGCCCCCGAAACUUUGACUCAGCUCCUGGUACUCUCCCCCCAGGUGCCUGGAGGGCAGCCACGGAGGAGUGGGGCACGGAGGACUGGAAUGAAGAUCUCUCAGAGACCAAAAUCUUCACUGCCUCCAACGUGUCCUCAGUGCCUCUGCCUGCUGAGAAUGUGACAAUCACAGCUGGCCAGAGAAUCGACCUGGCAGUGCUGCUGGGGAAGUCUCCUUCCUCCCUGGAGAAUGAGUCCAGCAGCCUGGAGUCCUCCCAGGCUCCCUCCCUGGCCCAGCCCCUGGUGUUCAGCAACUCCAAGCAGGGAGCCCUGGCACAGCCUGCCUCAGGCAGCUCCUUCUCCCACCACAGCAUGGUCAGCAUGCUGGGCAAAGGCUUUGGGGACGUGGGGGAGGCCAAGGGCAGCAGCACCACAGGCUCCCAGUUCCUGGAGCAGUUCAAGACAGCUCAGGCCCUGGCCCAGCUGGCAGCACAGCACAGCCAACCUGCUGCCAGCUCCCCUGCUGCCUCCUGGGACAUGGCAGCCACCACCCAGACCUCCUCCCUGGUGCAGUAUGAGCUGAAGGCGCCAGCGGAGCCCCCCGGGCACAGCCCCUUCGGCAAGCGCCAGCCCUUCCCCCCCGGCUCCCCCAUGCUGGAGGUCUUCCUGCAGGACAAGCAGCAGCAGCAGCAGCAGCAGCAGCAGCAGCCUGCAGGGAGCUCCUCCAGCGCUGCCCCCCCGGCCCCAGCCUCCCCCCUGCCCCCCAAGGCCGCCCCCCUGCCCCAGCUCUCCCCAGGCUCCUCAGACAACCAAUCCUGCAGCCCCCAGCCGGCCCAGCACAAGCUCAAGCAGCAGAAGAAGAAAGCAGCUUUGACAUCAAAGAUCCCGGCGCUGGCAGUGGAGAUGCCAGGCUCUGCCGACGUCCCAGGCCUCAACCUGCAGUUUGGGGCCCUGCAGUUCGGCUCCGAGCCGGUGCUGGCCGAGUACGACCCCCCCCCGGCCUCCAGCGCCGCCCCCAGCCAGCCCCAGAGCAGCCUCUACACCAGCACGGCCAGCGAAUCCUCCUCCACCAUCUCGUCCAAUCAAAGCCAGGAGUCUGGGUACCAGAGCAGCUCGCUGCCAGCAGCAACCUUUACCUCCCAGAACAGUGCUCAGGGACCACUCUACGAACAGAGAGCCACCCAGACCAGGAGAUACCCCAGCUCCAUCUCCUCCUCCCCCCAGAAGGACCUGACCCAGGCCAAGAACGGCUUCAGCUCGGUGCAGCCCACGGCGCUCCCGGCCACGCCGGCGGUGGAAGGCGCCCCAGGCCCCGCGGCCAAGGCGGAGUCUCCCUCGGCGCCGCUCAGCGAGGGGGUGGGGGCGGGGGCGGGGCCGCUGCUGCCCUCUGCCAGCCAGCACUCCACGGCCCUCGGCGGCCUGAGCCACGGCGAGGAGCUGCCCAGCACCACCGCGGCCCAGCUCAGCAGCACAUUACCCCCCCAGCAGAACAGCCUCUCCUCAGCCACCUCCUCCGGCCGGACCUCCACCUCCACUCUCCUGCACACGAGCGUGGAGAGCGAGGGCAGCCUGCACUCCCCUGCCAGCACCUUCCCCACCCCCUCCAGCACGGCCGCGGCCGCCCCCCCCGCGGCCAGCGCCCCCUCCAGCCUCAGCAGCGGCAGCAGCCUGGGGCUCAGCCUGGGCAGCAACUCCACCGUCACAGCCUCCACCCGCAGCUCCGUGGCCACCACGUCAGGUACGGCCCCGCCCCUCCGCGCUGGCCCCGCCCCUCCGCGCCGGCCCCGCCCCCGCCGGCCCCCCCUGCGCCGGCCCCGCCCCCGCCGGCCCCCCCUGCGCCGGCCCCGCCCCCGCCGGCCCCCCCUGCGCCGGCCCCGCCCCCGCCGGCCCCCCUGCGCCGGCUCCACCCCCGCCGGCCCCCCCUGUGCCGGCCCCGCCCCUGCCGGCCCCCCUGCGCUGGCCCCCGCCCCUGCCGGCCCCCCUGCGCUGGCUCCGCCCCCGCCGGCCCCCCUGCGCUGGCUCCGCCCCCGCCGGCCCCCCUGCGCUGGCUCCGCCCCCGCCGGCCCCCCGCCGCUGGCUCCGCCCCCGCCGGCCCCCCUGCGCUG